AUGCAUUUUUCGCAACUUCUGCUCGCUGCUGCUGCUAUCGCACCGGUAUUCGGUCAGCUAUCGGGCAAGGUCGGACCUCUAACUACGCACGCUGCCAAAACCGCUAAAAAGACUUGUAAUGUGAUGAGCUAUGGUGCGAAGGCGGACAAGUCAACCGAUCUUGGUCCUGCUCUUCUGAAGGCUUUCACGGCUUGCAAGACAGGCGGUACUGUUGUUGUUCCUUCCGGAGACUAUGCCUUGAAAACAUGGGUUACCUUUGAAGGUGGCAAGGCAUGGGCGCUGCAGCUUGACGGCAUCAUCUAUCGCACGGGUACCGAAGCUGGUAACAUGCUGUUUGUGAGAAAUGCGAACGAUUUCGAGAUGUUCAGCAGCACCGGCAAGGGCGCCAUUCAAGGCAACGGUUACGAGGACCACAAGAAUGGCAAGCGAAAUGGCGCUCGUCUUCUCCGUAUCGAGAAAUCAAACAACUUCUCUGUUCACGACAUCAUUCUAGUUGAUGCGCCUAUGUUCCACUUUGUCAUCAACACUUGCACAAAUGGUGAAGCAUACAACAUGGCUAUCCGUGGAGGCGACUGGGGCGGUCUCGAUGGCGUGGAUGUCACUGGCACUAACCUAUGGGUCCAUGAUAUCAUGGUGACUAACAAGGAUGAGUGCGUGACAGUAAAGUCACCCUCCAAAAACGUCCUGAUCGAGAAUAUCUACUGCAACUGGAGUGGAGGCUGCGCUAUGGGCUCUCUCGGUGCCGAUACUGCCAUCUCGUCCAUCGUCUACAAGAACAUUUACACAUGGAAGUCCAACCAGAUGAUGAUGGUAAAGUCCAACGGUGGCAGCGGCUACGUUGAGGACGUCGUUUUCGAGAACUUCAUUGGUCACGGUAACGCAUGGUCUCUCGAUAUCGACCAAAAGUGGGCUUCGAUGAGUGCUAUCGCUGGCAAUGGUGUGCAACUCAGCAACAUGACCUUCAAGAACUGGAAAGGCACGGUCGAAUACGGUUUGAACCGUGGGCCUGUCAAGGUUGUCUGCGCAGACAAGGCGCCUUGCACGGAUAUCAACAUCACCGAUCUUGCCAUGUGGACCGAGAAGGGCAACCACAACAUCUACCAAUGCCAGAACGGCUACGGUAGUGGUUUCUGCUUGAAGAAGGGGAGUGGAGGCUCGUAUGCGGCAACUACCAGCACUCAGACUGUUGCGCCUACUGGCUAUUCUGCACCCACUAUGAAGGAGAAUCUCAAGACUGCCUUCGGUACGGCCAGUCCUAUCCCCAUUCCCACGAUGCCGCCGAGCUUUUACCCGAACACGCCGCCGAUCACAAAACUUGCUGGUCAGUAA